AUGGUUUCAAAUAUAUGGAUUGCAGCAGCUGACAAUCAAAAGGAAGAAGUUGAAAAGUACAUUUCUCUGGGUGAAUUUACCGCCAAUGCAAAGGAUCCAAAUGGGUACACGCCGAUUCAUGCAGCAGCGGCAUAUGGACAUCACGAUCUCAUCGACUACUUAGUCCAACACGGCGGGAAUAUCAAUAUACAAGACAAUGAAGGAGACACACCUUUACAUCACGUUGAAGAUGUAAGCACAGCGAAACUUCUAGUGGAGAAGUAUAAUGCUGAUUACAAGAUCAAGAAUAAUGAUGGUCUCAUAGCAGCCAAUUUCAUUGAGGAAGAAGACGAGUUCCCUGAAGUGGCGACAUUCUUAAAGAGUUUAAUACAUGAUAAACCAGAGGAUGUAUCAAACGAAGUGACCCACGCUAACGAAUUUUUGGAAAGCUUGCCACGACCUGGAACUGUAGAUGGCCGUGAGAUCAAAUAUUCUUUACAAACAGAACAACAACAACAAGGUGAUGAGGAUUUGAGUCCAGAGGAGCUAGAACAAAGGAGGAAGAAGAUUGAAGAGAUAUUGAAAAGUGAAAACCCCGAAGAAGGGUUGAGAGAGCUUAUUACCAAUGCUGUCCAUGAUGGAUUGGAACAGCGUCAACAAGAUAAUGAAGAGGAGCCAAGUAGCAAGAGAAGGAAGUAG